AGUAUUACACUUAUUACAAAGGCUAAACAAUUAAAUGCUCGUCAAUCUUUCCCAUUGUCUUAAAUCAAAUGCGCCGGUAAUUUUUGAAAGUCUUUAAAAAACAGGACAUAGUUUUAUUUUCAAUAAUUCAACUCUCUUUUGUAAAGAUUGAUCUAGAACAGGGUGGUUUGAGUGUUGUGUAUCCUAAUUUCAAUAUUCACCCAAAAACAAAAUUCAAAUCGUAUGUCUGUUUCCAUGUGAAAACAUUAUCCAUUAUGCUUCGUGCUGAAGAUGUCAAAGACGAGUUUCUGUUGUGUGGAAUAUGUACCAAAGAAUUCGACGAAGAAAUCCACACCCCGCGAGUUCUUCCAUGUCUUCAUACAUUUUGUCAGUCAUGUAUGAAGAAAAUCUUGAAAGGAAACCUGAUGGUUUGUCCAUUCUGCAAAGUAGAGUAUGCUUUGCCAAGCGAUGGGAUCUACGUCUUUCCAAAAGAUUCCACCAGACGGAAUUUGAUAGAGUUCCUAAAGGUGCGAAAGAGAUCUUCCGACAUUCUUUGCAAAGACUGUCCUGACGACAACAUCGCAGCCGAUUUCUGUAAAGAGUGCUAUAUCUUCAUGUGCUUAGACUGCACGCGUGCGCAUCGGAGGAGUCUUGCGUCCAGAACUCAUCCCACAAUAGACAUCAAACAACUUCAGACCAGUGGGCCAGAGGUGUUCCGAAGGAAACUUAAGUGUACAAAACCAGGGCACGAGGGUCAACCUUUAGUUUUCUACUGCACGAAGAAAGAAUGUGAUCAGCUGGUGUGUACAACGUGUACUGUGUGUGAUCAUGACAAGACGAAAGGCCACGCCAUUGUGAAUGUUAAAGAUAUCCACAGUCAGAAAACUGCUGAAUUGAAUAAAGUGUUCAAGAUGUUACAAAACGAUGUAAAUACUGCUAAAAUGAUAAGUCAACAAACAGAACAGGAACUCUUAAACAUCGACAUUAAAGAAUACGAGAUAGAGCAAGAAAUUGAACAUGCAUUUGAAGCAUGCCACAAGGCGCUUGAUCUACGAAAACAGGAACUAAAAUCCAAGCUUGCUGCCUUGUGUGAAAACAAAAAAUCCGCAAUGAUCUAUAGAUCCAGACAUAUAGAGACAUAUAUCAAUGACGUGACAAAUGCCAAAGAGUUCGCCAAUAGCAUCACUAACCACGCCGACCCAACAGAAUUCAUACCACUGCACUUGACUCUGUAUCGGAGGCUUAAAAUGCUGACAGGUCAGAAAUUCAAGAAAACACUGCAGGUAGAAUCUCCCUCCUUUGAGCCCGUGAAAAUGAAUGAUGAUUUUCUGAGGUUUGUGACUGGAAUGGGGCAACUGAGCACAGUUGUUCAUACGCGUAAAUUGAGUUGGAAGCGUGGGAGGACUGAUGUUGGCACAACAGGUGCGCGUACACCUUCAAUUGAGGGUGAUAUCCGACUUGGAGAUAUUCUAUGUCCAGAAUUUGUGUACGAUCCUGACACAGUUCAUCAGUACCGAAAAAUCAGCGAGAAUCUGAAAUCUCUUCAAAACCAGAGCCUGGGCUACACAGCUCAGCUUCCACACAGUGAGAGAAGACUGAGGAAGUACCGGGGAGUGGUCGGCAGCAGACCCUUUCAACAUCCCGGCAAACACUACUUCGAGGUUCAUGUCAGCUUCAAAAUACACAAGCAGUUGGACAAUGUAAAUUUUGUGUUUGAAAUCGGAAUCAUCAACCGACGAAGUGAUGUUGACUCGGGGCAUUACGUAUAUGACCAUAGAAACGCUUGGUCGUUUUGUGCUCAACACUGCGAGGAACACAAACAGCUGUGCCAGUGGUGUCGCCAUGAUGGUCGCAACCUGGCUCACGACCCUCUCUCCGGAAUUGACGCGGGAACAGUGGUGGACGUGACGUAUGGAUUCCUGGUGGACACAGAUCGGCGGAAGCUGGUUGUUGCUGACUGUACCAACCAGAGGAACCUUUAUACCUUUACCAAUCUAGAGGUGACCCGACCCCUGUGGCCAGUGUUUGGGUGUCACUGGCCCAGUAAGGUCAAAAUUGACAUGACUCUUAGAACAGGCAACGAAAUACAAGAAAUUCCUGCUCAUUUGCAAAGCGAGUAGUGAAAUAAUUGUUUUUAAAGUGUUCUAUCAGUGAAAAUUUGCAUAGCUACAUGUAAAUAUGGAUAUAACGCGAAUUUUGUUGACCCAGCAACUACGAGUGAGGUAGCUCUUACCGAUUUUGACAACAGUUUGUACGUGUAUUUAGAAAAUACCUGUCCAGAAACUGUUAAAAGUCUUGAAUAAUUUUCAUAUUGAAGUUCAACCCCAACUCUUCAUCACUAUUCAAAUCAAAUAUUAUUACUUUGAUACGUGUAGAUAAAUGUAUUCAACGAUGCUAAUGAUUUCAAUGACACAUAAAACUAGAUUUUUACCCUUGCGUUCACGGGUUGACAUUGCAUAUUUUAUCGGACAUUUACGAAAUAGAUACAUCGACACACCGUAUUGUUGACAUUUACAUAACCAAGAUUUAAGACUACAAAAAUGCUAUUAAUUUCUCUACACUAGUACUGUGUCUCGGAACAGGCCUUCACCACAGUUAAGAUGCCUCCAAUAUACCCGUAAUGUAGCUAAAAAAAAAUGCAGAAUCGCUCCGAAACGAUUUUCGAGAAAAUUAACGAGGCUGCAUUGAAAAUAACACUCGGUCAAAUUUUCAUCUUAAAUUCAUUUUUAUGAACACUUUUUCACCAACGUUUUUACCCGCUUCGAAUUUACACACCAUGUUGACAUUUGGAACUCUCGGGAUAUUUCAUAUUAAAUGCACUGAGUUAGAGUUAUCUCCUGUAUUCCUUUGAUGAACAGAAUAUAAGGCAAAUUUUCAAUGAAAAUGUACACGUACAUGUACUUGUAACAUCGUUUCUGAGUUUAUCCAUGCAAUUACGAUAUUGUGGAUACUUAAACUAAAGAGCCUUCCAUGAUUUAGCAUGAAAUGUAAUGCGCAUGUGCAAGAUUGUAAAAUCUAAACAAUCCAGAUAAUUUCCGAAUUUUUUAAAGGAAUUUUCGUAAAUUAUUAAUUGGCGAAGCUUGACUGAAAAACAAUAACAACAAAUUGGUAAUCUUCAAGUACCAAUGAAACAAAAAUAUAUAAAACAAAAAUCAUUACUCUUCCGAUUCCUCGGUAUUAAAGCCCAAAAAUUCGAGUCUAUUAUUUUAAUAAAGUAGUAUAGAAAGAUAUCUUGAUUGCUUACAGACAAGAAUCUUCUGACAGACAAGAUAGAGAUU